UCGACGCCUUUCCGGAUAAUGGCAUUGGGUGCAUCUGUUACUUUCGGAACGGGUUCGACUACUGGAGAUAGUUAUCGCAAAGACUUGCAAGAUCUCCUUGUGGCCAAUGGCAACACAGUCGAGUACGUUGGGAGUAGGAAGAAUGGGAACUUCAGUAAUAAUGCUGUUGAAGCUGUUCCUGGCUUUGUCAUAUCUCAAGUUGCAGCACUCGCCAAUGUCUCAGUGCCAAAGUACAAACCCAACUUAGUCCUCGUCGAUGCUGGUACAAAUAAUUGCAACAAGGGUGGAACAGUGCCGGAUGCUGGAACCAACGUUACCAUUUUGAUCAACAAUAUCUUCAGACAAAGUCCUAACGCCACGGUGAUACUUACAACGAUUCUGGUAAAUUCAGUUGCAGAACAGGACGCAUGCCGUGUGACGGUCAAUACCCAGUAUACAGCGCUCGCAGAUGCAAUGCAAGCGGCUGGUAUGAAAAUGGUAUUGGUCGACAUGCGUGGUCCUGGCGGACCAUUGGUAACUGAUCUCGCAGACGGCAGACACCCAAAUGAUGCUGGCUAUGUGAAGAUGUCGAAUAUCUGGUUCGGAGGCAUCCAGCAAGUGAUCAGCAAGGGAUUUUUGACGACGCCAUCU